AUGUACAGACAAAUUCGCGUCGAUGAAUCUCAAACUCACCUUCAAAGAAUUUUGUGGAGAGAAUCACCGGAUCAACCAAUCAAAGAAUUUGAACUCAGCACCGUAACAUACGGUACUGCAGUUGCACCAUUUUUGGCAACACGCACAUUAAAGCAACUCUCGAUCGACGGUUCUAAUGAAUUUCCAAUAGCGUCUCCUGUACUAAGGGAGGACUGCUACAUGGAUGAUGUGUUAUCCGGCGCAGACAGCGUCGAAGAAGCAGCAAUGCUAUCCGAGCAAUUGACCGAUUUAAUGAAAUCUGGUCAAUUUCGUCUGCGAAAGUGGUCCAGCAAUUCAUAUGAAUUAUUGAAUCGUAUUCCGAAAGAAGAGCGGGAAAUAAAUUCCAUUAACGGUAUAACGAAAACGCUUGGUAUUUGUUGGUCGACAGACACCGACGAGCUCGCAAUCAACGUAUCGUUAGAUUUGGAUGCUGUACCUCGCACUAAACGACAGCUCACGUCUGAAAUUGCCUCGCUCUAUGACACGUUGGGCUAUAUUUGCCCAGUGGUGAUCAUGGGCAAACAAAUCUUGCAAAAAAUAUGGCGUCACGAAAGCAAAAUCGAGUGGGACGAUAGCAUUCCACAAGAGUUUGUUGACGAGUGGCAAAAAGUUAAAGCAGAAAUAAAAUUCAUCGCCGAUUUGCGAAUUCCACGCUGGGUGAAUUGUAGUCGGUCAGACACCAUCGAAAUGCAUGGAUUUUCCGAUGCAGCCGAGGCCGGAUAUGCAGCGGCAAUUUAUAUUGUCAAUCGUACACGGUACACAGCGCAUUUGUUGGUUGCAAAUGCCCGUGUAUCUCCAAUAAAAGAAGACAAAAACAAUGAAAAUGUUACAAUUCCGCGUCUUGAACUUUGUGGUGCACUACUCUUGGCACAAAUGACGGAAAAAAUGAUUAAAAUUUUGGACAUCAACUUCAGUCGAAUCUGCUUGUGGUCCGAUUCGAGAAUCGUUCUCGAUUGGAUCCACGCCAAUCCAAAGAGAUAUAAAACAUUUAUUGGGUCAAGAAUUGCAAAAAUCAAUAAGCUCGUUGAAAAAGAUUGGUGGUCACAUGUACGUUCCGAGGACAAUGCGGCUGAUUGUGCAUCGCGUGGAAUCUCACCUGCGGAAUUAAGCACACACUCAUUGUGGUGGAACGGUCCGAGUUUUCUUGUGAAUGCGGCUCUGGAACCACCGCGAUAUAAACCAAAACUCGAAUUGCCAGUUCUCGAGGCUGCUGUUAAUGUGUCCAAAUUGGAUGAAAAAGAAAAAUUUACGCUGCCCGAGUCAUCAACAUAUGAAAAAUUGAAACGAGUAAUUGCUCUUUGUCAACGUUUCUCGUUCAAUAGCAAACCCAAAAAUAAAAACAAACGCACUGGCAUAUUAACUGCUGACGAGCUCGAAUAUGCUGAAGCGGCAAUUAUAAAAAAUGUGCAACAAGAAAGUUUCGCCGAGGAAAUCAAAAUGUUAUGCACAAAAGGUGAACUCAAAAAUACUAGCGCAUUGUUGAAACUGUCACCAUUUUUGGACAGCAAACAAGUAUUGCGAGUUGGCGGUCGCUUGAAAAACGCUGACCUACCCUACGAAGCGAUACAUCAAAUGCUAUUGCCAUCGAAACAUGCUGUAACAGCAUUAAUAAUAAAAAACGUACACUUGAACUGUUUACAUGGUGCACCUAAGCUAACUGAAGCAGUAUUGCGACAAAAAUUCUGGGUGCUAAAUAGCCAACGCACAAUCAAAGCGAUAAUCCACAAGUGUGUUGAUUGUUUUAAAGCCGCACCAAAAACAAUGCAUCAAUUUAUGGCUGACUUGCCAGAAAAACGUGUAAAUAUUUCCGAAAAACCAUUCAUUAACACAGCUGUCGAUUACACUGGUGCGAUUCAAGUCAAAUUGAUGAACGGUCGUGCGUACAAAACAAAGAAGGCAUACAUUGCUAUCUUUGUAUGCAUGUCAACGAAGGCGAUUCAUGUCGAAGUAGUCACGGACAUGACUGCUGAAGCAUUUAUUGCCGCGUAA